AUCAUCAACAUCAACUUCAACAACAACGUCAACAACAACAGCCUGCAACUCUUUUCUUAAUCAAAGUACUUACUCAACUGGCGCUAACCCAUACUCGGUAGCAGUCGUCGAUGUGAAUAGCGACAACAAACCUGAUAUUAUCGUUGCAAAUUAUGGUUCGGGCACCGUCGGUGUUCUUCUUAACACAGGCAGCGGCACCUUUAUUGCUCAAACUAAUUACUUAGUUGGCACUAAUCCAUACUCAGUAGCAGUCGUCGAUGUGAAUAGCGAUAAUAAAUCCGAUAUUAUUGUUGCAAACUAUGGUUCGAACACCGUCAGUGUUCUUCUUAACACAGGCAAUGGCACCUUUAGUGCUCAAACUACUUACCCAGUUGGUAGCACGCCAUACUCAGUAGCAGUCGUCGAUGUGAAUAGCGACAAUAAACCUGACAUUGUUGUUGCAAACAAUGGUCAGAACACCGUCGGUGUUCUUCGCAACGCAGGCCUCGGCACUUUUAAUGCUCAAGUUGCUUAUUCAGUUGGCACUUACCCAACAUCAGUAGCAGUCGUUGAUGUGAAUAGCGAUGACAAACCCGAUAUUGUUGUUGCAAACUAUGGUUCGGCCACCGUCACUGUUCUUCUUAACACAGGCAGCGGCCUAUUUAAUACUCAGACUAAUUACUCAGUUGGCACUUACCCUCAAGCAGUAGCAGUCGUUGACGUGAAUAGCGACAACAAACCUGAUAUUAUCGUUGCAAACUAUGGUGCAAACGCCGUCGGUGUCCUUAUCAACACAGGCAGUGGCACCUUUGGUAAUCAAACUACUUACGGAGUUGGCAGUAGCCCUGAAGCAGUAGCAGUCGUCGAUGUGAAUAGCGACAACAAACCUGAUAUUGUUGUUGCCAACUCUGGUCCGAACACCGUCGGUGUUCUUCUCAACAAAGGCAACGGUACCUUUAGUUCUCAAACUGCUUAUUCAGUUGGCACUUACCCAACAUCAGUAGCAGUCACCGAUGUGAAUAGCGACAGUAAACCUGAUAUUAUUGUAGCAAAUCAAGGUUCGAACACUGCCAGUGUUCUCCUGCAUUGUUAA